UCGUCUUUCUGAACCUAUCCCACAUCCGCUAGAAUUGCCCUAGCCACCUUCAUUAGAUUUGAGAUUAUUUGUAACAUUCUAACCCUGGCUGUGUACCCACUGGAACAAACACCAUAUUCAGCUGACAAAACGUCAAAAAAUAAGGUUAUAUUAUUAUUAUAUUUAUAAUUUUAUUUACAAGUUGAUAAGUUGCAACUUUUUUACAUGUGCUAAUAUCAUGAAAAAUGAAAUGUCUGCAUAUAAAUAUAAGAAAAGCAACUUUUAUCCUUCUUACAAUUUUAAUAAAUCAUAUUCAAAUGGAUCAAAAUCCCACAGGACAAGAUCAAACCAAUGAUAAAAAGAGUGAUACAGCAAAUAGUGACUUAAUUCUUCACUGUCCAACACAUCUAGAAUGCCAAGACUUAAAAGGAUCUUGUAUAAAAUGUAAUUUGACAGAUAAGUGCAUAUAUGGAGAAACUUUAGACACCUCUUGUGAGCCAGAGCAAGGAGUUACAUGCAGUGGUGUUAGAACUUUUCAGAGGAGCUACAUAUGUCGAUAUUGUUAUCAGACAGAACAUUGGGAACAUGAUUGUGAUUUAUCAGCAAACUGCAAUUCCGUUACUUCUCCUAGAUCAUAUUACGUAACAAACUGUACUGUAAAGGAUGAUGUUGUAUGUUUAGGACUGAGAUCGUUCAAGAAGAAAUUAUUAUGCAACUGGACUGGUGGAUACAGGUGGUCGACAACCCUCGCUCUAAGCAUAGCAUUGGGCGGCUUUGGAGCCGACAGAUUCUAUUUGGGUCAUUGGCAAGAAGGAAUUGGCAAAUUAUUUAGUUUUGGUGGGCUUGGCGUAUGGACUAUAAUCGAUGUUAUAUUGAUAUCAUUACAUUAUUUGGGGCCCGCAGAUGGAUCACUUUAUAUUUAAUGAACAAGUUUUUAGGGAAUAUCUAAUUGUAGACUUAUUAAACGAUAAUGAUUAAAUUUUACUUGGCCGAUAACCAACCAUUAUUUUUAUACAGGGUGUUUUAUUGGGAAACGGAAAUACUUGAAUGGUGAGUAGAGGUCACUGAGGCAGUUCUAGGUAUACCACAUAUAUGGCCUUCCAGAUUUUUAUAACCGAGUAACAGGGUGUUUAUCGAUUUUGCCAAUUUCUUUCUGGACCCAUAACUUUAGAACCACCUUGUAUAUUUUUUUGAUAUUUGGUACACAUGUGUCUCAUUUAGAACCCAAACCACCCAACUACUAAUCACAAAAAAAUCCAGGUUACUGACUAAAAAAAAUUAUAAAUUCAUUGUGACCUUGAAACAACACCCUGUAUAUUGAAAUUUUCAAUGAAAAGAGCACAAAAAACUAAGUUUAAUAAUUCGCUUCAAUUUUUUGCGCAGAUAAUUUAAUGACUUUAAUUUUGAAAUUAUAUCGAAAUUUUUAAAAACUCAGAUUAAAAAGCAGGUAUAUUAUUAACUUUCAAUAAUGAAUUGUUAAAGUUAAUGAAGAAAUACUCAUUUUAAAAGUAAUCAAUAUUUAUUUACUACAUUGCAAUGGCUCAUUUGGUAAUCGCAAGAUAAAUCCAGGUCCGGAUUAACAAAAAACAUAAAGUAAUUGUGACCUUGAAACAACACCUGGUUUAUUGAAAUUUUAAAAUCCGUUUGAACAUUUGAAAAGAGCACAAAAAACUAAGUUUAUCGGUUCGCUUUAAUUUUUUGAGCAGACAAUUUAAUAAAUUAAUUUUGAAAUUAUAUCGAAAUUUUUUCUUGAGUUCUCAUAGUUCUUAAAACUUUCGACAUAAUUUCAAAAUUAAAGUCAUUCAAUUAUUGUCUGCGCAAAAAUUUGAAGCGAGGCAUUAAACGGAUUUUGAAAACUUCAAUAUACAGGGUGUUGUUUCAAGGUCACAAUUACUUUAUAUUUUUUUGUUAACCCGGUCCUUGAUUUUUCUUGUGAUUGGUAAAUCGGUCCUUCAAAUGUAGUAAAUAAUUAUUGAUUAUUUUUAAAAUGAGUAUUUAUUCAUUAAUUUUCAUAAUUUAUUAUUAAAAGUUCUUUAAAAACAUGCUUUUUAAUCUAAGAAUUUUUAAAAAUUUCAAUAUACUUAAUUUCAAAAUUAAAGCCAUUAAAUUCUCUACCCAGAAAAUUAAAGCGAACCUAUAAACUCAGUUUUUUGUGCUCUUUUCAAAUGUACAAACGGAUUUUGAAAAUAUCAAUAUAUAGGGUGUUUUUUCAAGGUGACAAUUACUUACAAAGUUAAUAAUACCUGCUUUUUAUUCUCAGAGUUCUUAAAAAUUUCAAUAUAAUUUCAAAAUUAACGUCAUUAAAUUGUCUGUUCAAAAAAUUGAAGCGAACCAUUAAACUUAGUUUUUUGUGCUCUUUUCAAAUAUGCAAACGGAAUUUGAAAAUUUGAAUAUACGAGGUGUUGUUUCAAGGACCCAAUGAAUUUAUAAGAUUUUUUAAUCUUGACCUGGAUUUUUCUUGUGAUUAGUAGUAGUUGGGUAGUUUGGGUUCUAAAUGAGACAUAUGUGUACCAAAUAUCAAAAAAUAUACAAGGUGGUUUUAAAGUUAUGGGUCCAGAAAGAAAUGGGCAAACUCUAUAAAACACCCUGUAACUCGGAUAUAUAAAAUCUGUGCGGCAAUAAAUGUAGUAUAUCUAGAACCGCUUCAGUGACCUCUAUUCAUCAUUCAAGUAUUUUCGUUUCCCAAUGAAACACUCUGUAUAAAGAAACACGUUUUUUUGUAAAUAAGUUUCUAAAACGUUUCUCUCGAAUCUAAAUAUACCAUAUCCGAAUUUCUGCGGUUUAGCGUUGCAUUGGCUAAAAUCGGCUAAGUAUAAGACUAAAGUUAUUAUCAGAUGUAUUAAGUUUAUUGAAGUUAUAUCAAUUUACUUUAUUUUGAAGACUUAAAUAGUUUAAGGUUUAAGAAUUGUAUAUAUUUAUUGAUUACCAUUAAAAAAUAAACUAAAUUAAAUACAUUUAUAAAA